AUGGCAGACGCUGCAGAGGAACAGUGGACAGAACGAGAAGACAAGAACCAGUCUCAGGCCACUGACAGGUCUGGACUGUUGUCCUUGGCAUUAGCGUACGUGGAAGAGUCAGGAAGACCAAUCAGCUAUGAUGUCUUCAAGCUGUUCAUGAGGGCCUACCUGGAGGUGGAUCUUCCUCAGCCACUGAGCUCAAACCUCUUUCUGGCCUUCAGCCAGAAGCCCAGACAGGAGACUCCUGACCACCCAAAGGAAGGAAGCAGCAGCAUUGCACCAAACAGCUCAGAUUCUAGUGUACAAAAUGUGGAUAAUGCUGCCAAAGCAGAUGAGGCCUGUGCCCCUGAUACAGAUGCAAACACAGUCCAGAAGCCAGUGACAGCCAAAGAUCAAGUGACUACAGCCCCCUUGGGAGUUCCUGCUGCUCAGUCAUCAGGCUCAGAGUCUCCAGUUGUGUAUUUGAAGGAUGUCGUGUGUUACCUGUCCCUGCUGGAGACUGGAAGACCUCAGGAUAAACUAGAGUUUAUGUUUCGUCUCUAUGACUCAGAUGAGAAUGGACUCCUGGACCAAGCAGAGCUGGAUCGCAUUGUCAACCAAAUGCUGCAUAUUGCCCAGUACCUGGAGUGGGACCCCACAGAGCUAAGGCCUAUCUUGAAGGAGAUGUUGCAAGGGAUGGACUAUGACCAGGAUGGCUUCGUGUCACUACAAGAAUGGGUCCAUGGAGGGAUGACCACUAUCCCACUGCUGGUCCUCCUGGGGAUGGACGAAUCUGGCUCUAAGGGUGAUGGGCGACAUGCCUGGACUCUGAAGCAUUUCAAGAAGCCAACCUACUGCAACUUCUGCCACAUCAUGCUGAUGGGAGUUCGGAAGCAAGGCCUGUGCUGCAUUUACUGCAAAUAUACUGUCCACCAACGCUGUGUAUCCAAAAACAUCCCCGGGUGUGUCAAAACGUACUCAAAAGCCAAGAGGAGUGGCGAGGUGAUGCAGCACGCAUGGGUGGAAGGGAACUCUUCUGUCAAGUGUGAUCGAUGCCACAAAAGUAUCAAGUGCUACCAGAGUGUCACCGCGCGGCACUGCGUGUGGUGCCGGAUGACGUUCCACCGCAAAUGUGAAUUAUCAACAUUGUGUGAUGGUGGAGAACUCAGAGACCAUAUUUUGCUGCCUACUGCCAUAUGCCCUGUCACCCGGGAUAGGCAAGGUGGGAAGGCUGAAGGUGGCAUGGCGGCCAAGGCCGAACUUGUCAUGCAGUAUAAGAUCAUCCCUACCCCGGGUACGCACCCCUUGCUGGUCUUGGUGAACCCCAAGAGUGGAGGAAGACAAGGAGAAAGAAUUCUUCGGAAAUUCUACUACCUACUCAACCCUAAACAAGUUUUCAACCUGGACAAUGGAGGUCCCACUCCAGGGUUGAACUUCUUCCAUGAUACCCCAGACUUCCGUGUUCUAGCCUGCGGGGGAGAUGGGACAGUUGGCUGGAUUUUGGAUUGCAUUGAUAAGGCCAACUUUGCAAAGCAUCCACCAGUGGCUGUCCUGCCUCUUGGAACAGGAAAUGACCUUGCCCGAUGUCUUCGCUGGGGAGGAGGUUAUGAAGGAGGAAGUCUGACAAAAAUCCUGAAGGACAUCGAACAGAGCCCCUUGGUGAUGCUAGACCGCUGGUAUCUGGAAGUGAUCCCCAGAGAGGAAGUGGAGAAUGGGGACCAGGUCCCGUACAGCAUCAUGAACAACUAUUUCUCCAUCGGCGUGGAUGCUUCCAUUGCACACAGAUUCCACAUGAUGAGAGAGAAACACCCCGAAAAAUUCAACAGCAGGAUGAAGAACAAGCUAUGGUACUUUGAAUUUGGCACCUCAGAAACCUUUGCAGCUACCUGUAAGAAACUCCAUGACCACAUAGAACUAGAGUGUGAUGGGGUCGAGGUAGACCUGAGCAACAUCUUCCUGGAAGGCAUUGCCAUUCUCAACAUUCCCAGCAUGUACGGAGGCACCAAUCUCUGGGGAGAAACCAAGAAGAACAGAGCUGUGAUCCGGGAAAGCAGGAAGAGUAUCACAGACCCCAAGGAACUGAAAUUCUGUGUCCAAGACCUCAGUGAUCAGCUCCUUGAAGUGGUGGGACUGGAGGGAGCAAUGGAGAUGGGGCAGAUCUACACAGGCCUGAAGAGUGCGGGAAGGAGGUUGGCCCAGUGUUCUUCUGUCACCAUCAGGACGAACAAGCUGCUGCCGAUGCAAGUGGAUGGGGAACCUUGGAUGCAGCCACGUUGCAUGAUUAAAAUUACUCACAAGAACCAAGCACCUAUGAUGAUGGGGCCUCCCCAGAAAAGCAGCUUCUUUUCACUGAGAAGGAAAAGCCGUUCAAAAGAGGUGUGUCAAAUGCCAGCUUAA